UAAGAUUGUGGAAAGAAGAAGAUCUAUAGAUAGAUGUUCAUAAUUCAGAGGGCAAAAGAAAAAAAGAAAAUCUUGUAGAAACUGGGUUGUUAGAGAUGUUAGAAAGGGCAAUAUUGAUGUCCGUACAGACACUGAAUCACCCUCAAUUUCUGAGUGGUGAUGGCUUAAGAAAGAGGACUCAGACUAGGUGCAAAGCAAGAUCAAAUUCAAGUACAGCUUUACAGUUAUCUUCUGAUGAGAGUGGAAACCAUGCAGAGCAAGGUAGUUCCUUUAUGAGAUGUCAAAGUUUUGGUUCCAUGCUAAGCCAACCAAACACUGUUGGUGUUAUAGGAGGGGUAUCCGUUCUAUCAACUCUGAUUUUCUUGGAAAAGAUUGCAUGUUUGGGCUCAAGAAAUGGUAAAGAAUGUCCUCCUUUUGUUGUGUCCAGUGAUCCUGUGUUAAGCAAAGUUCUUUCAUUGCGUAGUCCCUUUUAUUCUGCAAGGAGCAGGAUUGAUAAUAUCAAAUUGAAUCAGGAGCUGGUGAUUGAGAAUUUGAGGUCCAAAAGUGACUUUCUUCAGCAGUCUGGAGCUCGUGGUUUAGCCAUGCCUUGCCAUCUAUCGCAUGCAUGGCACAGUGAAAUAUCCAAGGAUAGUUCCCUACCCUUUCUUCAUGUUGGUGAGUGUGUGGCCAUGGAGCUCAAGAAUGCCAAGUUGAAGCCAAUUCAUGCUGCAGGUACUGUGAGGAUUGGACUGCUGACUACCGAUUCAAUUUUUGUUGCUAGUUAUUACCAGGAGAAGCUUCAAAGUCAGGGAUUUGAAGUAGUGUUGCUAGACAAAGCAACUGAAGAACACAUAUUGGUUCCUGCAAUGGAGGCAUUGUACAGAAAGGACAUUGAAGGGGCGAGGAAUUUACUGAGAAUUGCAAUCCAUGUUCUUUUGGUCAUGGCAGUGAACGUGGUGAUUUUGGCAUCUGAUGAUUUGCUGGGGGUUCUCCCUCACAAUGAUCCUCUUCUCAAGAAAUGUAUAGACCCAAUGGAUGCUUUGGCAAGGUCAACUAUAAACUGGGCAGAAACAACAGCAAAGGUACACGAGAAAGUUUAGCAUUUCUUCCUUCCAAAGCCUGGCAUAAUAAUGGUUGGAAUAUUUCUGUAGAAAGAGAAAACGGUUUCACGUAGAGACAAUUUUCCCUUUGCCACCUGCACCUUUCUUUGAUAGAUAGAAGAAUAAAAAGAGAAUUUGUUGUGUAGUUGAGCGUGGAAAUUGGUUUUUACAUUUCUUGCCAGAAUAACAUUUGAUAACUUGACAGUUUUAGCUUGUCUGCAGUGCCUUUUUGAAUAUUGGC